UUCUGCGCGCCAGAGCCAGAAAGCCGCAUUGCGAGCCGGGCAAGGAGCAGGCGCCAUGGUGCUCCUGCACGUGCUGUUCGAGCACGCGGUCGGCUACGCGCUGCUGGCGCUGAAGGAAGUGGAGGAAAUCAGCCUGCUGCUGCCGCAGGUGGAGGAGUGCGUGCUCAACCUGGGCAAGUUCCACAACAUCGUGCGCCUCGUGGCCUUCUCGCCCUUCUCCUCGUCCCAGGUCGCCUUGGAAAAUGCCAACGCGGUGUCGGAAGGUGUCGUGCACGAGGACCUCCGCCUGCUGCUGGAGACUCACCUGCCGUCCAAGAAGAAGAAAGUGCUUUUAGGGGUUGGGGACCCCAAGAUUGGUGCCGCUAUACAAGAGGAACUGGGCUACAGCUGCCAGACUGGAGGCGUGAUAGCCGAGAUCCUUCGAGGUGUCCGUCUGCAUUUCCAUAAUCUGGUGAAGGGGCUGACCGAUGUGUCGGCGUGUAAAGCCCAGCUGGGCCUGGGCCACAGCUACUCUCGUGCCAAAGUGAAGUUUAACGUGAACCGGGUGGACAACAUGAUCAUCCAGUCCAUCAGCCUCCUGGACCAGCUGGACAAAGACAUCAACACUUUCUCCAUGCGAGUCAGGGAGUGGUACGGCUAUCACUUUCCAGAGCUGGUGAAGAUCAUCAAUGACAACGCCACGUACUGCCGCCUCGCCCAGUUCAUCGGAAACCGAAAGGAGUUGAAUGAGGACAAGCUGGAAAAGCUGGAGGAGCUAACGAUGGAUGGCGCCAAGGCCAAGGCCAUUCUGGAUGCCUCCCGGUCCUCCAUGGGCAUGGACAUCUCUGCCAUCGACUUGAUCAACAUCGAGAGCUUCUCCAGCCGAGUGGUGUCGUUGUCUGAGUACCGCCAGAGCCUACACACUUACCUGCGCUCCAAGAUGAGCCAGGUGGCCCCCAGUCUGUCUGCUCUCAUUGGGGAAGCGGUAGGUGCCCGCCUCAUUGCUCAUGCUGGCAGUCUCACCAACCUGGCCAAGUAUCCAGCAUCCACAGUGCAGAUCCUUGGGGCUGAAAAGGCCCUGUUCAGAGCCCUGAAGACACGGGGUAACACACCCAAAUAUGGACUUAUUUUCCACUCCACCUUCAUUGGCCGAGCCGCCGCCAAGAACAAAGGCCGCAUCUCCCGAUACCUGGCCAACAAAUGCAGUAUUGCCUCACGAAUCGAUUGCUUCUCUGAGGUACCCACAAGUGUAUUUGGGGAGAAGCUUCGCGAACAAGUUGAAGAGCGGCUGUCCUUCUAUGAGACUGGAGAGAUUCCCCGGAAGAAUCUGGACGUCAUGAAGGAAGCCAUGGUUCAGGCAGAGGCGGCGGCUGCAGAGAUCACCCGGAAGCUGGAGAAGCAGGAGAAGAAACGCUUGAAGAAGGAAAAGAAGCGCCUAGCAGCGCUCGCCCUGGCAUCUUCAGGGAACAGCAGCAGCACCCCGGAGGAGUGUGAGGAGGUACAGGAGAAACCCAAAAAGAAGAAAAAGCAAAAGCCCCAGGAGGCUCCUCAGGAGAACGGGAUAGAGGAGCCGCCUGCCUCUUCCUCCAAACCCAAGAAAAAGAAAUCUUUUUCCAAGGAGGAGCUGGUUAGUGAUCUGGUGGAGACAGGGGGCGGCGUGAGCCCUCCCAAGAGGAAGAAGCCCUCUGCCCAGGAGGAAAUGGCGAAUGAUGUGGAAGAGGCGGGCACCAGGAAGGUCCCCAAGAAAAAGAGGAAAUUCUCCGCCAAGGAGGAAGGGGGCAGCGGCCCUGAGGAGGCCGCCACCAAGAGCAGUGCCAAGAAGAAAAAAAAGCUCCAUAAAGCAUCCCAGGAAGACUGACUAGCACGGACAUUCCCUGCACCUGUCAGGGGUCCCCUUUCCCACCCUGUGUCCUUGCCCCAAUAAAACAUCACAAAAUGCUGA